CAUGAAUCCACAGGAUCACAUGAGAAAAAUAAUAAUCCUUGGGAAGCAGAGAAGUGUGGAAGAUGGGGCCUUUUACCAAAUUGGAAGUGGCAUCCCAACAGGUGAUCUGAGGCAGCAACACGAGACCCUAAUGAGGAGCCACUUCAUGACAGGACACCUACCGCUAAUGCGCCAGCAUGGAAUGCAGACAAUUCCUUCACAGUUGGACUCUCGGUUUGUGGAAAGACAUUUGUUACCUGCAUCUGAAAUCUUGGCACCAGCUGAUCUCAGGCAGAUUCACGUGGCUUCUGCUCUUGGACCUCCUGCCUCACAACUUGCCAACUACCCAAACUUACUAUCUAGUUGUGUUUCCCAAGGACCAGGAUAUAGUUUUCUUCAAUCCGAAUCAAUGGAAGCAGUAGCCAAAAGACAAGAAUUGAUUCAGAAACAAAUUAUUGCCAGGAUGGAAGUGAGUGCCAUGUUUCAGCAAAAAGAACUCGAAAAAGCUCAACGGAAAAGUCUUGUAAAAUCCAGGGGCUUUUCCCCUUACCCUGAUGUCCCGCCUUGCUCUGCUGGUUUUCAAGAAAAGCACUACAUUCCUGAAGGCCACCUCUCCAAUGGCCUGUAUAUCCAUCAGACUGCCCUCAAUGAACUUCAGAGGAAUGCUAUGUUCCUGGGCACAAGCUCCUAUCCACCUCUCGCCAUGCUUCAAAGAGAACGGGUCCGUCGGCCAAGCAGAAGAGCUGGGAUUCGCAAAGGUUCUCGUUACCAGUUCGAUCAUGGAAAGAACCCAACGGAGGAUGGGGAAGCGAAUCUGGCUUCAGGGACUCUCGGCGAAGAAAACGAGGACAAAAAAGAAACCAAAGGGGAAAUGCCACUCAAGCCUGCAGAAGCAGAACACGAAGUCCAGGCAGAGCCAUCAGCAGCUGUCAUCAAAAAUGAGAAGGAACGUGAAGGUGGCCUGAGAAAGAACUUGUGUAACCGCAAAAUGCCCCGUGAAGCAACCGACGGCCACAAUGGAAACGAGAAAGAGCCUCACACUUCUUGCUUAGUCUUUAAUGAAAAGCAUGCAGAGCCAUCAAAAAUCACAUUCUCUGCUCUGACAAGUGGCUUCUCCACGCUCAAUCAACCUCCAUUAUCUUUCG